AGUAAGUUUUUACUUUACUUGAAAGUCCCUCCCUACACGGCCUUCUCUCCCUCUUAUCCCUCCACACCCAGACAUGAUUCGGUUCCCGGCCCUCCUCAUUCUCCUCUCCUUUCUUCUCGCCCCAAUUUCCACUUCUGCCACGGCCUCCAUUUCUAUUACUCCCAAUGUCCUAACGGAAUCCGGCCAGUCCGUCCAGAUCCAAUGGUCAGGAAUUGAUUCCCCAUCCGAUCUUGAUUGGCUCGGCAUCUUCUCUCCUCCCAACUCCUCCCACUCCGAUUUCAUCGGCUACAUCUUCCUCUCAUCAUGCUCCACCUGGAAAUCCGGCUCUUGCACCGUCCAUCUUCCCCUCGUCGACCUCCGCUCCAACUACGAUUUCCGCAUCUUCCGAUGGUCCCAAUCCGAGGUCGAUCACAAGCACCACGACCACGAUCAAAAUCCAUUGCCCGGGACGAAGCAUCUGCUGGCUAGAUCGGAGGAAUUGAGGUUCGAUGUCCGUGCGCCGGAGCAGAUACAUCUGUCGUUCACUUCUGAGGAUGACGAGAUGCGGGUGAUGUUCGUGACAGGCGAUGGGGAGGAGAGGUUUGUGAAUUAUGGGCCUGAUGAGAAUCGGAUGGAUGAGACGGCUCGGGCUGAGGUGAUGAGGUAUGAACGGUCGGAUAUGUGCGACGCGCCGGCGAAUGAUAGUGUUGGGUGGAGGGAUCCUGGGUUUAUACAUGAUGCAGUGAUGGUGAAUUUGAAGAAGGGGAAGAAGUAUUAUUACAGGGUUGGUAGUGACACUCGAGGUUGGAGCGUGACAAAGAGCUUUGUGUCUCGGGAUUGGGAUUCAGAUGAGACAAUAGCAUUUCUAUUUGGAGAUAUGGGUGCUUCAGCACCAUAUUCAACUUUUCUCCGUUUGCAAGAGGAAAGUAAAUUGACCGUGAAGUGGAUUCUCCGUGACAUCGAAGCCCUUGGUGACAAGCCUGCAUUUGUUUCUCACAUUGGCGAUAUCAGCUAUGCAAGAGGCUACGCAUGGCUGUGGGACACGUUCUUCAAUCAGAUCGAGCCCAUUGCUUCAAGGGUCCCAUACCAUGUAUGCAUCGGCAACCAUGAGUACGAUUGGCCAUUACAGCCUUGGAAACCAGACUGGUCUUUAGGCAUUUACAAUAAAGAUGGAGGUGGCGAAUGCGGAGUCCCAUACAGCCUCAGAUUCAACAUGCCCGGGAACUCCUCUUUGCCGACUGGGACCCAUUCUCCGAACACACGAAAUCUCUACUAUUCCUUCGAUGCGGGGGUUGUGCAUUUCGUGUUCAUGUCAACCGAAACUGAUUUCCUUCCGGGCAGUGACCAGUACAAUUUCAUCAAGCAUGACUUGGAGAAUGUCGACAGAGAGAAGACCCCAUUCAUCGUCUUCCAAGGCCACCGCCCCAUGUACACAACGAGCUAUGAGUCCAGGGAUGCUCCAUUGAGAGAGAAGAUGCUCGAGCAUUUGGAGCCUCUUUUGGUGAAGAACAAGGUGACGCUUGCACUGUGGGGCCACGUCCACAGGUAUGAGAGGUUCUGCCCUAUGAGCAACUACACUUGUGGGGACAUUUCUGGCAAUGGUGAGGACCUUCCUGUGCAUGCGGUGAUUGGGAUGGCAGGACAAGACUGGCAGCCUAUCUGGCAGCCGAGGCCUGACCACCUAGACCUUCCUAUCUUCCCCCAACCCGGUCGAUCGAUGUAUCGUGGGGGCGAAUUUGGUUACACAAGACUUUUUGCGACUAGAGAGAAGCUCACGCUUACAUAUAUAGGAAACCAUGACGGGGAAGAGCAUGACAUGGUGGAGAUCCCAUCAGGACGAGUCCUCAAAGGUGGUAAUGCUGUUGAGUCUAGAUUUUCAUCAUAUGUGAAAGGAGGUGGAAUUUUGGUUCUUGGGGCCUUUUUGGGAUAUAUUGUUGGGUUCAUAACACGUUCGAAGAGAGAGGCUGCAUCUGGGGUGAGCUGGACUGCAGUGAAGAGCGAUGAAGUAUGAUGCGAUCAUUCCGUGUGGAUGGAUGAAGGCAUUGCACAAACAGUUCAGUAGAUUGUUGCGAGGUACGACUCUUUCUCACUUUAUUUCAUGCAUUUUCGUGAAAAUAUGACACUACCAAUGUGGAGAAGCCCAUCAUUUGGGUUCUUCGGAAGCUUUGUACAUAUAUGGGUAUUUUUUUUGGGAUUUAGGGGUUGUUGUAAUAAAAUAAAGAAAGUUAAUAGGAUUUUUAUUUGUUAUGAGGGUACUUAUGUAUUAUAAGAUGUGGUAAUACCAAUGCUAAUUUUUGUGUGGUCA